CAAUUGCUAGGAAUCAUGUGGGGCAGUAUCUUUUCCUGCGCAGCCUGCUGCUUGGCUUUUCUUCCUAAAAUUCACAAAUUAUCAGAAGAAGAAAAAGAAGAAGAAAACGACACCCAAAUCAAAAUGGCUGAUUCUAUCCCUCUUCUUACACCUUACAAGUUGGGAAACUUCAAUCUUUCUCACAGAAUAAUUUUGGCACCGUUGACUCGACAAAGAUCAUACGGUAACGUGCCUCAGCCACAUGCCAUCUUGUAUUACUCACAGAGAACCUCCAAAGGGGGUCUUCUAAUUUCUGAAGCAACUGGAGUUUCUAACACAGCUCAGGGGUAUCCAGAAACUCCUGGAAUAUGGACAAAAGAGCAAGUUGAAGCUUGGAAACCAAUUGUAGAUGCUGUUCAUGCCAAAGGUGGUAUUUUCUUCUGUCAGAUUUGGCAUGUGGGGAGAGUCUCAAAUAGCGAUUUUCAACCAAAUGGGCAAGCUCCAAUCUCUAGUACAGACAAGCCAUUGAAACCACAAAUACGAGCUAAUGGCAUUGAUGAAGCAGAAUUCACGCCUCCAAGGAGGCUUAGAACCGAUGAAAUUCCUGGAAUCAUCAAUGAUUUUAGACUUGCUGCAAGGAAUGCAAUGGAAGCAGGUUUUGAUGGAGUUGAGAUCCAUGGUGCUAAUGGGUACAUCAUCGACCAAUUUUUGAAAGAUACAGUGAAUGACCGAACAGAUGAAUAUGGAGGAUCCUUAGAAAACCGUUGUCGAUUUGCGCUAGAACUUGUUGAAGCAGUUGUUGAUGAGAUUGGAGCAGAUAAAGUUGGAAUAAGGCUAUCUCCCUUUGCUGACUUCAUGGAAUCCGGGGACUCCAAUCCUAAAGCAUUAGGCCUUCAUAUGGCACAAGCCUUGAACAAAUAUGGUAUACUAUACUUGCACGUGAUCGAGCCGAGAAUGAAGACGCCUGGUGAAAUUUGUGAAUGCUAUGACACUCUGGUACCUAUGAGAAAGGCUUUUAAUGGUAGUUUCAUCUCGGCUGGGGGUUUUAACAGAGACUUGGGGAACAAGGCAGUGGCAGAAAAUGAUACAGAUCUUGUUGCGUAUGGUCGCUUGUUCUUGGCCAAUCCUGAUUUGCCAAAGAGAUUCGAGCUCAAUGCUCCUCUAAAUAAGUACAACAGGGCAACAUUCUAUAUACCUGAUCCUGUUCUUGGUUACACUGACUAUCCAUUUCUAGAAAGCGCGUAGCCAUUACGAAAUGUGUGUGGAUUUUGAAUGAUUUUGUUGUGAUUGACAAUAUCUGUUUUUAUUAUAGCUGUUUUUGAAUUCAACUGUAGUUGUGGUAUGAUAAAAAUAAAAGGCAGAGGGUUGUUCUA